AUGUGCACGUUGCUCCCCUUCGCCUGGGUCCUGCUGGGGCUGCCGCGGCUGGCCGCCGGCGCCGCGGACCUGGAGGUGGAGCUGGGGCGCGACGCCCACCUGCCCUGCGACUACGCCCCGCCCGCGGGGCGCCCGGUGCCCGUGUGCUGGGGCCGGGGCGCCUGCCCGCUGCGGGGCUGCCAGGGGCAGCUGCUGAGCACGGACGGGAGCAGCGUGCGGGAGCGGGCCGACGCCAGGUACCAGCUGCGGGGGCCCCUCCUCCAGGGAGACGUGUCGCUGACCAUAGAGAGGGCCGUGCCGGGCGACAGCGGCCCCUACUGCUGCCGCGUCAAGUUCCCCGGCCCCAUGAACGACAAGAGGGUCACCAUGACGCUGACCAUCAGGCCAGCGGAGGCCGUCCCCACCACCACUGUGAGCAGAAGCUUCACGGACUCCGUUCCGUGGGUGCCCGGCACAGAGGGACAAAGCCCAGGGACAGAGCCGCCGGAGCUGCUGUGUGACAGAAACGGGUCGCUUGGGGCCACCGUGGCCAGUGAGCCGCCGGACGCUGGCGUCCCCCUCUGGACGGGCCUGUACAUCGGGGCCGGGGUCUCGGCCGGCCUCCUGCUCGUCUGCAGCGCUGCCAUCCUCGUAGUGUAUUCUCACCGGAAAAAGGAGUCGCAGAAUUCCAGGCUCAUCACGUUAACUGAAGGGCCCCCGACAGGGCUGGCCAACAGAGCCGCGGGGGAGGAGAACAUCUACGCCAUCGAGGAGAAUGUGUACGAGAUGGAAGACCCCGACGAGAACUACUGCUCCGUCACCCCCCAGACGCUGGCCUGACGCCCGGCAGGCCGCCUCCUCGGCUCGAUGGGACAGUGGACUUGUUUUAUUUCCAUUUUGUUUCAUUUUGAGCCACACCCGGCGGUGCUCAGGCUCCGAGCUUAACUCCUGACUCUGUGCUCAGGGAUCACUCCUGGCGGGGUUCGGGGGACCCUAUGGGAUGCCGGGGAUCAAACUCAGGACAGCUGCACACAGGGCAAAUGCCCUCCCCACUGUGUUAUCACUCCGGCCCUGCAGUUGCCUUUUUUGGUUUGUUUGUGUUUUGCUUUUUUGGGUCACACUCAGCAAUGCUGAGGGGUGACUCCUGGCUCUGCACUCAGGAAUUACUCCUGGCGGUGCUGGGGGGACCCUAUGGGAUGCCGGGGAUCGAACCUGGCUUGGCCACAAGGCAAAUGCCCUCUCCGCUGUGCUGUUGCUCCGGCCUCUGUAGUUGCCUUUUAUGAGAACCAUGAAAGUGAGUCUCUGCCCUUAGCCCCGAGCAGAGAGUGCCACGGAACUGCGUCAUGGCAGCUUGAUAGCCUGGGCUGACCCCCUCCCUGGCCAGCCCCUGGCCUUGGUGCUCAGCUGCCUGUGGCGUCCUACUGUGUCCACAAGUUUUCAUAGAGAGAAGAGGUUCUUUUUUUUUUUUUUUUUAUGUUUUUGGGCUGGGCCGGAGUGAUAGCCCAGCCG